AGUCUUUUAUGUGUCUUCAGGUAGAGGAUCCAGUGAAGCCUCACAGACUGGAGAUCCGGUUGCUGCGCCGCAGUCUCUCUCCGUGAAGAUGCCGAAGUUUUACUGUGACUACUGUGACACAUACUUAACACACGAUUCGCCCUCAGUAAGGAAGACACACUGCAGUGGACGCAAACAUAAAGAAAAUGUUAAAGAUUAUUAUCAGAAAUGGAUGGAGGAGCAAGCACAGAGCCUUAUAGACAAAACAACGGCUGCUUUCCAACAGGGGAAAAUUCCCCCAACACCGUUCCCUGGUGCUCCUCCUCCAGGUGGAUCCCUCCUCCCACAUCCCAAUAUCAGUGGACCUCCUCGGCCGGGCAUGCUACCAGCCCCUCCAAUGGGUGGUCCUCCAAUGAUGCCCAUGAUGGGGCCCCCUCCACAUGGGAUGCCUGGUGGUCCAGGCCCAGGUAUGCGGCCACCUAUGGGUGGACACAUGCAAAUGAUGCCCGGCCCCCAUAUGAUGCGACCUCCCGCUCGGCCAAUGAUGCUGUCCGUUAGACCCGGUAUGGCCCGGCCGGAUCGAUAGAAAGACUUGUUGUGCCAUGACUGCCCACCUUUCCCAAACAAAGACUCCAUCAAAUAAGUACUCUGAUGUUACACUUGUUUUAAAUGUUUUCCCCAUCUAAACAUCGGUGAUUCACGUUUGAUGGCACACUGUUUUUUUUCUUAUUUUAAUUUGGAUGGAUGUUUUUUUGAAAAGUAUCCAGCUUUUUUUACUUCCUCCAAUUGGUCAUCAUUCACCGGUUAAGAUACAGAAGACAAUGUGGAGUAACACCAGCCAAGCAGCUAUUUGCGUGACUAUUUAGAGCUGUAUGAUUUAAGACCCCAAUAAAGUUUUGUAAUAUUCCAGACACAUGAA